GUUAAUUCGGAUUUUUCUGCACAAUUUGGUCAAUUGUUGGCCGCAUAUCCUCAUAUUUACAUUACUAAUGAAUUAAAUGGCACCCACCCAUUUUUAGGGUUCACAUCUUAAGAAAAUGGAUCGAAGUAAAACAUCCAACCCCACCGAGUUAAAUGUGGUAGACGACAUGGAUUCUUCGGAUUUUGGUGAAAAUUACGAGCCGCAUGACCACAAACCACUGGGCGAAUCAACUUCAUACUGUGAAACAUUGUCACUUCUGGCCAAGGCAUGUGUCGGAACCGGAAUUUUUGGUAUGCCGAGGGCGUUUUUCAACGCAGGCUACAUCCUCGGAAUUGCUGGUACGAUACUUGCUGGAAUAGCAACGAAAACCAGCAUGCAUCUAAUAGCAGAAUCAGAGCACGAGCUGUGCAAGCGAAAAAGAAUCCCGCGUAUGACUUACCCAGAGACAGCCGAGGCGGCAUUUGAGCUGGGCCCAAGGAGUGUGAGAAAAUUUAAAAAAAUUGCAAGGAUAGCUUGCAGUGCGUUCCUACUAAUGAACGAAUCUGGUAGUUUUUGUGCACAUCUGAUUUUCGGCGUUGAAAAUAUCAAAGCGAUCUGUGACCACUUAUUUUAUCCAGCAUCGCUAAGAUUUCAUCUGCUUCUUCUGCUCGGCCCGUUUAUAUUGCUGUGUUGGAUAAAAAACUUAAAGCAUCUGGCACCUGGGGCAACAAUAGGCUCUGGCUGUGCCCUUGUUUGCAUUGGUGCCGUAUAUGUUUUUAUCUUUUCGCAGCCAAUCACGUUAGAGGGAAGAAAGGAGAUUGGGUCACUGAGACCUGUUGCCUUAUCUUUUGGCACCAUAGUUUUUGCACUUGGAGCUUUCGGAGAGUAUAUGCCAAUAAAAAACAGGAUGACUGAACCGGCGAAGUUUGCAUCGACAUGUGGUGUAGUCAACGUUUUAAUGAUCCCAUUCACGGUUCUUUACGUCAUCAUGGGAUUUUUUGGAUACUUGGCUUUUGGAGAAAACACCCGAAACCCCAUCAACAUGAAUAUGCCGGAAACUGGAGUGAUGGGAUAUUUGAUUCGGGCAUUGCUGACUGGCUCCCUUUUCAUGAGUUGUCUCAUUAACAAUUAUGUUGUCAUCGAGGAACUUUGGCACAAAAAUCUGAAGCUGAAAUUGGAGGGCAGGAGACACGUUGGCCAGUGGGAAUACGCAUUUCGAACGGUUGUAACGUGCGCCUGUUUUCUUUGUUGUAUGGCUAUUCCCAACUUGGAGCUGGUUACGGCCCUGGUUGGUUCACUGGUGAUGCCCGUGCUCGGAAUGUGGCUUCCCGUCAUCAUCUCCUCACUCACAUUUUGGAACAAGUACACUGGUUUUCAAUUCACUCUCUUUAUAUUCAAGAACGUUGCUCUAUUACUCACUGGUGUUUUCGCUCUUGUCUCCGUUCUGGUCACUGUUUUAGAAAUUUAUGAGUCCGUCCUCAAAUAA